GGCGCGUCCCCGGAGAGGAAGCGGAAAUGCGUGUGCAGUAUUAAAGGCAUCGUCCCGCCCUCUGGCUGUCUCUUUCCGUCUCCGGCCGCCGCAGCGAGGGGAGCCGCCGCCAUGUCCGCGCAUCUGCAGUGGAUGGUCGUGCGGAACUGCUCCAGCUUCCUGAUCAAGAGGAAUAAGCAGACGUACAGCACCGAGCCCAAUAACCUGAAGGCCCGCAACUCCUUCCGCUACAACGGGCUGAUUCACCGCAAGACUGUGGGCGUGGAGCCGGCGGCCGACGGCAAAGGUGUCGUGGUGGUCAUGAAGCGGAGAUCCGGCCAGCGGAAGCCUGCCACCUCCUACGUGCGGACCACCAUUAACAAGAACGCCCGGGCCACCCUCAGCAGCAUCCGGCACAUGAUCCGCAAGAACAAGUACCGCCCAGAUCUGCGCAUGGCCGCCAUCCGCAGGGCCAGCGCCAUCCUGCGCAGCCAGAAGCCUGUUAUGGUGAAGAGGAAGCGCACGCGCCACACCAAGAGCUCCUGAGCCCCUUCCCCUUGAGCAAUAAAGAGUCAGUUGACCUUUCCUCAACCA